GUCAUGGCUUACCCACCUGGGGUCCCAGUUUCGGUCCCCCUUCUGCCUUCAUCACCACAAAGGGCGUUCUAAUUUCGACACCCACUGCAUCUGCUUCAUCGUCGUCCACAAUGGACCUAUCCCUUGUCGCCCAGAAUAGCCGUACCCGAACUGACAUGGCUUCUUCAGUGUAUAAGUGGCAGCGUUGCCUCUGCCUUCGACGCCUCUACUCCCCCAUCCACGUUCGCUCGAGACGGUUUAUCGCUGAUUGUGGUCUGUCUACCCUCUCGAGCAGAUGUCUACCAACAUGAUGACCGCACCACGAUCUGCGGCCGCAGGCGGUCUACACAAGAACAACGCCGUCUUUCUUCAAAGCUUUGCUGUUCAGGAAGCCAAGUGGCGAGCGGCGAAGCAAAAGCCGACGCUCUCGAUUAAAGAGCACGCUGCGCACCGGGCGCAGCUGACCGACGUUCUCUUCAUCAAGCCCAAGUACUCCGGUGAAACCGAGAUUAAUAUCAGCGGCAUUUUCAGAAAAUGGCUGCGGUACUGCACCGAUCUGGAAGUUGGUGACUGGAAAGCAACGAUCCAAAAUCUCAAACGCGAAACGACGCAGGACUUCGUCCUCUACAUGUGCGAACGAUAUAACAUCACAUCAUGGGGCAGCAUCGAGGAGUAUAUUCGACAAUUCCAGCAGCUCUACACUACUGUCAACGGACGGUACAUGGACAGGAACCACUCCAAGGAGGUCUAUAAGUAUUAUCGUCGCGUUUGCAUCCCUCGAUUUGGCCAUCGCCCACCGAACAUCGAUGGCAAGCCGGUGCUCAACGUGGACAACCUGCGUGUCAUUCUGACGUUUAACAUCGCCUUCGACACCUCAAUCUUCCCCGGUGAACGGCACCGCAUCAGUCUAGCCGGCUGCUACCAGCUCUUGUGCUAUACCGGAGCGCGACCUGCCGAGCUGGUAGAUGGCGAGCGGAAGAAGCCAAAAGACAACUCUCUGGAUGAACUCUUUGGCCACAAGACUAGCCACUCAUCUUCCAUGGAAAACGGUACAGAUCCUGAGCUGUCUUCUAAUGAGAAAGCCAAUCUAGUCGAAGGCCUUCUCACGCAGGAGACCAUGGGACGCGGGCGUCCCAAGGCCCUCUGUUACGAAGACAUAUUGAUGAUGAUCGUGCGGCACCCCGUGACCGGACGGUGCAUCCCGGCCAUGGCCAUCAAGUUCAUACAUCACAAAGGUGCCGAUAACAAGCCUAGGCCGACCAUCUUCUUCUUCACUCCCACCAGGAAGCUCCUCUUCUGUGCUGUUUCCACGAUCCUCGCCCUUGCCCUGCAUGACGACGCCUUCGAUGCGCCAAGCUUGACAACUGCCUCAGCAAUAUUUGGAUCGAGACCGCCAUCCUACAUGGUCUGCACGCCCCUCCGCUGGAAGGCGUCCAAGUUGAAGAUCCCAGUCUUCCGUCGGUAUCGUGGGGCGAACCUCUCCGAGGACGAGGCCAUGCUUUAUUCCAAGCUCCGAGACGACAUCGGUGACCAGAGUCUCAACUCAGGACACGAGAGACGAUGGACACCUAGGUUUGCGCGUAGAGGUGCCAGCAAUGCCGCCAACGGAGACGCGCCAGAUUCGGUACGUGACCAGAUGAUGCGUCAUGACCCCCAAUUCGCGACAUUUCACCACGCCUAUCUUAACGAGAUCGCCAACUUCGACCUCCAAAAUGCAUUUCUGGAGGAAGAGAAGCAGAGCCAGCUAUUCCGACUGUUCGCCCACGUGAGUCUCACGCGCGAUCCUCGAGCCACCGCCGACAUGGUCCCCGAGGAGGUGUGGGCAAGUCUCCCGCCCGAUCCGGAGAUUGUCAAGCUCGAAGAGGAGCGCGCCGAACUUAAAGAGGGCAACUAUCGGAUUGAUGGUCACAUACACGAAGAGAAGAUCCGGCAGCUUACCCAAGAAAUCCGCAAGAAGCGUUCGCAGCGUGAUAGGCAAGUCGUUAAGCAAUACCGUGAGCAUUACUUCUAUAACCGUCCGACCUGGGACAUUGAAAGACAAGCCCAAGGAGAAGAGGAGGAAGAGUUCUCAGAGCCUAUCAUCAAUGUCACCAUCCCAGAACGCGCCAGAUUAGGAGAAAUCUUCUGCCACCAGCCCGAUGACUUGACUGAAGAUCAAAUCUUCCAGCUUAAGAUUGAAACCGUCGAUCUUAUGGUGGCUCUCUGUGACAAAAGAGAGACUAUCAAGCGCAAUUGUAUUCAAGAGAGACUCAAAGCCUACCCGUCCGUAAAGACAGAGCCUCUCGAAAUAGAACACGAAACGUCGCCUAGCCCCAAUCGGUUCCCUCUGCUCCUACAUGCCGCGCAAUGCCCCGAUUGUAUUGGCGAUGAGCGACUCUCUUGUGAAGAGCGUACCUUUACAUACUGCCGUCCGACUGUCAUGAACGACCAUUUUGAUGAUCAGCAUCUGACGAAACGCGAGCAAGCUGAGCGGAGCGGUGAGAAGAUACGGUGUGAGCAUCCCAAGUGUCGAGACCUCAAAUUUCAACAUAUAAAUCACUUCCGGAACCAUGUUCAGAAAGUCCAUGGUGUUACUCUACGGUCGUCAGAGCAAGUGCAACAGAGGCGGCAGCGAAAGGAAAGGCGUCGCCAAAUGGUUAGGAAACAGGGCCUACUAGUAUAAUAGAGAGUAGAUAUAGACCAGUCGUUAGUGUACAGUAUAAGAAAACUCACUGAGUGUCAUCCAACGUCUGCUCAUGCUUUAAAUCGACG